AUGAACGACACAGAGACGUUUUGCAAAAUCGAUCAGACAGAGAGCCUUACUAAUCAGUCAUGUCAGAACGUGACUUCGCCACCUCAAGGUUACGUGGACGUCACCACCUUCACGCACGUCUUGCCGUCGGUGUACGGGAUCAUGUGCUCAGUGGGAGUCCUGGCCAACGGGCUGGUCAUCUACGCGGUGGCGUCGUGCGCCAAGAAGAAGUUAUCAGACAUCUACGUGGUGAACCUGGCGGUGGCGGACAUGUUCUUCUUACUCGUGAUGCCUUUCAAUAUCCACCAGUUGGUCAGGGACCGACAGUGGGUGUUCGGAAACUUCAUGUGCAAGGCGGUGGUGGUGGUGGACGUCAGCAACCAGUUCACCACCGUGUGGAUAGUCACGGUGUUAUGCGUCGACCGGUAUGUAGCGAUUGUCCACCCCACCUCAGCGAAGCGGACUAUCCCUUGGGCCAUCGUCACGAACAUACUUGUGUGGUUCUGCAGCUUCCUCCUCACUGUGCCUGUCAUGAUGUACGCCAAAGUCGUGCACAGGAACCAUUUGAAGAUGUGCAUGAUGUACCUGGAUGGUCCUGAGGACAUGUACUGGUACACUCUCUACCAAUCCAUUCUGGGCUUCAUGAUCCCUCUCAUCAUCAUCAGCACCUUUUACUCUCUCGCCCUCUACCAUGUUUUCAGCUCCAUGCAGCGCGUCAAACGGAAGCAGACUGUGUGGGCUAAGAGGGCCACCAAGAUGGUGGUCAUGAUUAUUGCCCUGUUCCUGAUUUGCUGGUCCCCGUAUCACGUCAUUCAAGUGAUCAAUCUGAACAACAACGCUCCAACGAUCACCUUUGUCUACGCUUACAACAUCAGCAUCUGCCUGAGCUACUUCCACAGUUGCAUCAACCCAAUCAUGUUGCUCAUCUUCGCCCAGAAUUACCGCGAGCAUCUGUUUCAUAGAAAUGUGUUGCACAGUGUCAAACACGCAUCCAAAACCACAGUGGUCAAAACAGCUGGUACUCAUGUGACCAAUGAACCCAGCUACCGCUGCACUGUCAUCUAAGUGAAAGGUGUCCUCCCCCAAACGAAGCAGGAGGAAAGGCUGGUGUGUAUGAUUGUGCACACUGUAGUUUUUUUGUGUGGCUGCCCAACAUGACACAACAAAAGCAUUUUCUCACGACAAAAUCUGCAAAAACUAGUGUUACCAUCACCGCAUCAAAUACGGUGUUAUUUUAUCACUUGCUGUGUUAAACCUUGUGUAUUGUUGGAGUUCAUUGUUGUUUCAAUUAUCAAAAAAAAAAAAAAAAAGAAAAAGAAAAAAAUUGGAGCAUGUACACAAUAAUAAACAUUCAUAGUACAGCAGAGAACAGUAAUGCAAUGUAACUCUCUGAAAGUGCUGUUUUAACCUAAAAGGAUUUCUGUGACAUCUACUGCGAGUUUCAAGUGGUGGUACCAUCGCAAUGGUGUUGAUUCAUCACCAGAAGGUUCCGAUUUAAAUACAAUGUGAAGCCUUUGUUUGUCGAGCAUAUCCAAAAAACAAAAUAAAAGCAGAAAGUGGUACAUUUAUUCAAUCUGGACAGUGUUAAAAUACCUUAUUUUGCUGAAUAUAAUGUGUUUUCUCAUAAAUACAGCUAAAAAUGGAGUCAUCUUAUAUUCAGGGUCUAGACCAGAGGUUCCCAAACUCCCUCCAACUUAUAUCUAAGAAAGGCUGAGCUGACCCCCUGCUCCCCCAAAAAAGAAUGUACGUAGUACUUUAUGAAACGUGAAUUAGACUUUUUUCUGUCUUUGGUUCAUCCAUCUAUCCACUUACUAAACCCGCUUAGUAAUAAGGGUCAUGUGUUC